AAAACAAACAAACAAACGAACGAAUUCUGCCCCCGCCCCCAAAUAACCAGCCCGCCGCUGUCCUGUCGACCUCGCCGGCACCGCCGUGAUCGAUCGAUGGGGAGCUCCGUCGAUGUCAUCCCCGAUUGGGUGGGCGACUUGGGCGAGUCCGUCGGCCCCGUGGACUACGGCUGCGUUCGCCGGUGCCGCCACCGCCGGCUUGCCACCUACCUCUGUCUCCACGGCUUCCGCGACGCCCUGCGAGGGCUGCUCAACGAGACGGACGCGUACAUGAGCGUCAUCCACCUGUCGCGGCUGGUGCAGCAGGGCCUCUGGGACGACGCCGUCGCCUACGUCUCCCGCUUCCUGCGCCCGGCCUCGCACCCGCAGAGCGACGAGGCCCAGGUGCUCCUCCACUUCCUCAUGCAACAUGCGGCCUUCGCCAGCAUGGUCGCCGGCAAGCCCGACCGCAACCUCAGCUACUUCAACAGCAGGUUCAACACAAGGUACCUCAAGCACGACGACUCCGUCUCCCCCGACACCAUCCGGAUCCGCUCCAUCGUCCUCUCCAUUCUCCAUUCGGAGCAAGCCAGAUCGUCGCUGGACUGGGACCGCGUUCGUUGCAAGGCGUCUCAAAUCGCCCAACACUUGGCUUAUAAGGCUCCAGAGUUGAGAAACCUGGCCCUGUUGCCGGGCGGCCCGACGAUGCCUCACGAUGUGCUUCCCAUCGGAUUCAGGUACCGUCGGAGGCGUCACGUGAAGGAACAAGACCUGCCAGCACCUAAAACUCUCGCCAAGAUCUACCUUAGGACCAAAAAGAGUGUGCCUUCGUCGACUCGCAGUGACGAGUUAAACAGUGGAUUGACAGACAAGACAAGGAAGUGGUUGGUAGAUCUUAUUGAUGAAAGUUUGCAAGCUGGUUUGGAACUUCAGUCAAGUGGGAAUGAAGGUGUUCCUGGUGCUCCAGUCACAAACACCAUGUCUGGUACCGCAACACAUCUUACUAAAAAUUCUGAGACCUCGUCAUUGACAAAUUCAGGUGCUGCUUUUGCUCCAGUUUUGCAGACUAUGUUCAGUACCUUGACAACAUGUUCUGAAGUAUCUGGUGUCUCAUCGGUGGCAAAUCCAGGUGCUCCUGCUGCUUCAGUUUCUCAGACUGUGAACGUGGCAGAGAGUGAUCAGAACACUGGAACCGCACCAGCGAUAAAUGCAGGCAUGUGAAGCUUGAGGAGGGAUGCAUGAAAGCUUGUCCAGUCCAGUCCAUGGGAUGGGUGGUGUUUCCUUGUGGACUUGCUGGUUCAAGACACAAGAUAGAGAGACUUUUACCUUGGUGUUGUUACUGAUGCAGGGUUGGGUUCAUCCGUUCAUGUAAUGGCCACCGUUUUGCUUAUAGACACACAGUGAUGAGUUAUGGUCAAAUAUCAGCAGAAAAUAAAUAAAUGUAUGCAUGUAA